UCUACUACCUGUACAUAUUACAGUAAAUUCCCUUGGUCUCAUAUGUUGAUAUUACUAUCCUUGUUCGCUUUUCAUUUGCAAAACCAGUGAAUAGAUGCAUCCCUGCGUUCAUCAUCUCCCAGGGUCGUCACGGGGUCGAAAACCGUUCCACCCCUCUCACAACCCAUAGCGACUAUAAUAAUAGGGUUUGGCGACGAGGCAUCCGAUUAGAUGGUGAAAUACGAUGCAGUCUUACCCAUCUCUCUCUCUCUCUCUCUCAUUUUUUUUUCACUUUUGGAAUGACUUAAUACUUAAACAAGAGACUUGGGUAAAAUGACUGAUCGUAUUGAUGAGGAACUUUUUCUCGCCUAAUGGAACUGGUUUGCGUUACCGGCCAGAUUGACGAAAACCUAUCAGCUGACGAGUUUUUUUCACGGGAUACAUACCGAAGUCUUCGUUUUUUUAUAGUUGUUUAAUAUGCGUGUGAGUAUAUACAUCGAACGUCACUUAAGUAAACACUGCAGUCUGAACUAACGACAAAGAAAUCAGCACCUCGCUUUAACCUGGUACGUAACCGAUAUAUGUUAAGUGGGUAUUCACAGUACUCUGUUGACGCUGGCCUAUUGAGUCCGCGUUAUUGACUUACGGACUGAGUAUUACGCAAAGGACUGCGAAUCACCAAGGAUUGCUGACUUAUCCCUGAUUUUUAGCUUUUUUUGACACGAGAAAGGAAGACUCGGGUUUUGUGAAUGGCAGUGCAUUAAAAGCCAGCAGACGAUAUCUGACCACAUAUCUGCCCAAGGCCAUGAUGACCGGGAAACUUUGAUAGUCGGGGUAUAGACCCGCUGACCCUAUAAAGGACGCCCAGUGCGGCUCUGUAUGUGACUUGAUGGCAAACAGCGUCGCCCUUAGACACAUCACCAGAGCGUAUUUCAUUCUGCUAUGGCGUCUAUCCAAGAGAGGAUUUGGAGUCAUUUUGCUGCUGUGCAUGGUCGGGAUUAUGGUCGGUUUUCUGGGUGUGGAGUUUCAGUACACUGCUAAAAUUGCGCUGCAAAUACCAGGACCCUCUGUUCGUGUGUACACUGGACCCCCUCAAAAUCUCAACAAGACCCGGGACCCUUUGAUUUUAGGACACCUGCCGGACCUUGGUGUGGCGGGGGCUCCAGAUGGGCAACCCAAACUUCCACCAACCCCUCCUAAGCCGUCCACUCCGUUACGGCUCGACCGUCGUCCCACAAACACAUCUUUCUUACAGAAAGGUGGAAUUAGUGAUACUAGUGGUGAUGACGAACGGAAGCGGGUCAUAUCAGAGGAAAUAUACAAGACGCUUGGAGUUAGGACACCACUGAAAUUCGACCCAAACUUUAAAAACCCUUGUUGGUACGAACAGAUCCCCGCUAAACUGGACUCCAUGUAUGCUAACAACCACUGGGCGGACGGGAAAACAUUCACCCAAAAAUUUAACAUUUUGAAAAACUUCCUUGCUUUCCUGAGAGGGCGCCAUUUUUCUCAACAUUUACGGUGUCUUCCAUAUUUUUACCUGGUGGGCGUGGCGAAGGCCGGAACGACCGAUCUGUAUGACCGGAUUUCUCAGCAUCCGGAUAUGGCCCAAGGCAUGUUGAAGGAGCCGCAGUGGUGGGGACGACGAAACUUUGGAAGCAAGAGCAUGUCCGUGCCCUUCUCGCAGUACGUAGAACUGUUCGACAUGGCUGCCAAAGCAAUAGCAGAACAAACGUGCAUGAAAUGCAACCCCAAAGACGGUCCUAUACAUACUAGACUUACAGGAGAGGCUAGUCCUACGACGUUUUGGUUUAACGACUUUUGGGACGAAAGACUCGGGAAUAACGUCACUUCCGGUGAACCAACAUACGUAGUUGCUGACUAUAUGAAGCAGUUACAACCAAAUGCUAAAAUUAUCAUUAUUUUAAGAAAUCCCGUUGAAAGGGUUUAUUCGGACUUUUUAUACCUGGCCAAACGGGUUGGCAAAAGGCCGGAAGUCUUCCACAGGGCAGUAGUAGAAGGGGUAAAAAUAUUCAACGACUGCCGCAUGAGGCACUCUGUCCGCAGUUGUGUACACAAUAGGACAGUGCGGCUCUACCGUCCCUGGAGUGAAGAGUGCUUCUGUGAGAUCGCACGACUAAGCAUUGGAAUGUACAGCGUGCACGUGACUGACUGGAUCCGGGCUUUCUCUCCCCGACAGGUGCUCAUUUUGCGUUUCGAAGAUUACGUGAAAAAUCAGCUCGACACAUUACGAAAAGUUUUUGAAUUUUUAGAUUUGCGCCCUUUGACAAAGAGAGAAGAAAGAAGAAUAACACUGAAAGUUCCUUCAAACCGGACGCCAAAUAAAAUCCCAAUGUUAAAGGAAACCAGAAAAAUUCUGACCGAAUUCUACGAACCCUUUAAUAAAGAACUUGCAUCGAUUUUGAAAGAUGAAAAAUAUAGUUGGAAGGGAGGAUAAAAUCUUUUAACUUUAAAAUGUUUUGUUCUGAGAAUAAGACGGGUCCUAUCUUGAUCGCUAUGCGAUCUACAUUAUAGUCAUUGUUGUUGGCGACCUUUAUUGUCGUUUUUGUUAUUGGUGAAACAUCCAAGUGUUACUUUAAAAAAUAAAGCCACAUUUUUUAA